AUGAGCUCUUCUAAUUACUCUCAAAAUUCUCACGAAUCUGACGAACUAGACUCCCCUGAUUUCGAUGACGACCUCAAUAUUGAAAAAAAUCACCCAAGGGCUUAUCAGCUGCAAGUUUUAGAUAUCGCCCGUCAAAAAAACAUCAUCGCAUUCCUAGAUACAGGAACAGGGAAAACUUUUAUAGCAAUGAAUCUCAUAAAAGAAACCCUUGGCAAAUCUGUUUUCUUAGCCCCAAAUAUUGCCUUGGUGCACCAACAAGCCUCAUACUCGAAAAACUUCGAAAUUAUAUCUAUAGGCCUUGAAGGCGAAAUUGCAGAUCGAUGGGAUUAUCAAACUUGGCAAGAAGCCUUACUUCCCUUCCAUGAGUGAAUAAAACCAUUGGAAAAAUCCCUAUUUUUUGCACAAAAACCCACCCUCCGUGAGUGAACAAAAAUUUUUUUUAAUAGAAAAAAUUUUUUAUGAAAAAAAUUUUGAUAUAUAAGUGAUAAUUAGUAUAAUGAAAUCUCGGGCUAUUCUGUUUAAUUUUAAACAAAUUGCGUUUUAAAAUAGAAAUUUUAUAAAUUAAAUUAAUAUUUGCUUCCCAAUUUUUGCAAAUUAGGGUUUUUUUAAAAUUUCGAAAAAAAAUUAAUCCCCUCCGUAAGUGAACAAAAUUUUUUUCUUUCACUCACGGAGGGGGGAGGUAGAAAGAGUCCAAUUAAUAGUGAUAACACCCCAGCUGUUUUUAAAUGCACUUAGAUACGGAUAUCUCCGAUUAAACCAAUUUUCCUUGAUGAUUUUUGACGAGUGCCAUCAUUGCAAUGGAAACCACCCUUAUAUGAGCAUUAUGAAGGAAUUUUAUCAUAACUCUAAAUACAAGCCAAAAGUCAUGGGCUUAACUGCAUCUCCUGUUAUUCAUGGAAAUUUGCAGCAAAAAGGCAACUUAAAGGAUGAUUUAGAAAAUUUAUGCUUGUUUCUUGACUGCGAAUUUGCCUCAAUAGAUAGAGAAAGCGUAGCAAGUAUUGCGAAUAAGCCGAUAUUUGUAGUAAAAGAGGUAAAGAUUGGCCAGCAGGUCAAUUUUGAAUUUGUUUUAAGAAGUCUGGAAAACCUUCCUGCAUGUGAAGAAUCAACUUUAUUAGUCACCGAAAUCAACAACUAUGGAUUAUAUUUGCUGAAUUUGCUCGGAAGGCGAGGACUGUUUCUCUACUUACGUGAACUUUGUUUAAGAGCCGAAAAUCAGUCAAUAAAGCAUGAAAUUACAAAGCUUAUAAACAAUAGAAUGGAUAUAUAGCCCCUGAAAUAAUUUAGAUCAUUAUUGACUAUCCAUUUUAAUUUUCAAAUUAAUUUGCACUUACCAACUUUUUUAAAAACAAAAACGAAAAUGACAAAUCUCAAUUUAUGGUUUUAAGAUGCAUAAUCAGAUUUAGACUCUAUAAGACAGGUGUCCUGAACCGAUUUUUUUUAGUCGGUAUUCUGCUGGGGGAAAGUGAUCUAUUAUGGUACAUAAAUUAUAUCAGAAAGAGUCAAGCUGCUCGUCAAUGAGCUUAAAAAACAUUUCGAAGGCAAAGAGAAUUCCUCUCAAGUCAUAGUUUUAGCAGAAAGAAAAAUCACUGUUUGAUACUUGCUUCUGUUUAAGCCUAUAAAAUUCUUUGCUUGCUCUUAAUGUUUUUUAAUUUUAAAAUAUAUAUUUUUUAAAUUAAAUAUGAAGAUCUAAUAAUUUAUAUAAUUUAUGUUUAAGAUUAAAAGCUAGAUAAUAGAUUAGAUAGAAUCUCGAGAUAAUGCUAUUAUAAAAAAAUUUAUUUUUUUAAAUUUUUAUUUUCUUGUCUUAAAGGUAGAGUUAGCUGAUUUACUGAAUGAAAUUUUUUCUGCUGAAGGAAGUUAUGAAAUAAAAGCUGGAAAAUUGAUAGGAAAAACCACUGGAGGAGGAAAUUUUAGGACAUAUAGAAUGAAAGGCCGCUGUCAAAGGGAGACUAUAGAAGGAUUUAAAAAUAAAGACUUCAAUGUUUUGGUAGCAACGACUAUAAUUGAGGAAGGGCUUGAUAUUCCAUCCUGUGAUUUAGUGAUUCGUUUUGAUGGGUCUUCUACUAAUCUAAGGUCUUAUGUGCAGUCAAAAGGGAGAGCUAGAGACCAUUACCAUUAUUACUAGAAGGCUAAUGCCAUAUUGUUAACGCAGUCACCACGGACUCGUGAGGGUUCACCAGUUUUGCGCCGUCCCGAUUCCACCUUGUUCAACUGGGAAAAAGAUUUGCUGAGCAGCUUGCGCAGCUCGAACCAUCCUUCGCCUUCUUGAGACCCUACUGCCGUGAGAUUUUCCCAAAGAUGUCUUCUCCUCCUUUUCAGGGGAUAUGUUGAGUGGGCUUGCUGUGGACUUCUGCGGCUGCUGCAAGUCAAGGUUGACCACACAAAAAUCCCAAAAAAUGGAAUUUCUGGUCACCUAUCGGCAAAAAGGUAAAGUCCAGACCCUGUCCAUUUCUGGUGGGUUGGCAAAACCUUGCCGAUAUAAUUAAAAUAUGUGCUCGGAAGCUGAAUGGACGGAGGCCAUGCUAGGUGGAGACGCCAUAUUUUAAUUAUGGAGAGCGAGAGACCAAAACUCAACUUUUAUGGUACUUGUGGAGCAUGGUAAUAAAAAAGAUAUGGAGGCACAGCUAAAUGGCUUUGAGGACGCCAUUUCCUGGCUUAAAACAAUUGCUGAUGAAAAUUUCUCAAAGCCAGUCCGAAAGAUGCCUAAUCCUCAGUACUACGAAAACCCAGAAACUGGGGCAAAAGUGUGCAUCGAAUGGAGUGUAAAAUUUAUUAAAGAGUUCUGCAAAAAAUACCCGACUGACCAAUAUACAGUUUUAAAGCCACAUUAUGAAUAUAAGUAUUAUCGGCCUGGAGAAUGCACUAUUCCUGGGGUUAAUAGCUUAAGAGGAGGAUAUUUAUGCACAUUGAAGCUUCCUAAGCUUUUUAAAAUAUCACCAAUUAGAUCAAGCAAACUCUGGCCUAAAGAAAACGAAUCUUAAUCUUAAUAUUAUUAUAGCGCUUAACAUCCAUUUCGGGGUAGCCUUGUCCAGAGUUGCCACCAUAUUUAUCCACGUGUCAAGCCUAUGAACCUCUGGAUCGAUCCACUUCGAUUCACCAAGACACGGGUGAACAUGACGUUCUUGCUUCGCUGCCGCCAGGCUUUAUACGGCUCAGCUCCUGCGCGUGUUCCGGCUAAGAGUUACCUCCGCCGGGUAUGUUGAGGGUAAAGACCUGAGCCUCUUGAUCGUACUGAAGAGCAAUUCCUCUGGUUAUCCCCAAAGUUAAACUACUUUGCAGAAGUUUUUGAGAUAAAACUCAACCCCAUAAAUAAAAUUGCUUGAGGGAGAGAAAAUUAGCAGAGCUAAUUUCACUAGAACCGAAUAUCAUUUUAUUUAUAAAGAAAACGAAUCAAAAGAAGACGCAAGCCUGCAAGCUGUCGGAGAACUAUUUAGCGCUGGGCUGCUAAAUAAGCAUUUAAGACCAACAUGGGCUGAAAAUUCAACUGAAAAAGAAUACCCACACGAUGAUCCUGAAAUUGAAUUUAUUAACAAAAACGGAGGAAGAAUCAGAGCAAAGCGUUCAAAAGAAGAUUUCACGUCUAUGACUCUUAUGCCACAGAUCUUUUCCCUUUUCACUAUCCGUGCUAGACAAGACGCACAUUUAUUUUUAUAUAAAAUCCAGCUGAAUCCAGUUUUUCCUGAAAAUUGUUCACUUUAUAUUGGGAUUUUAUCAUCAGUUGAAAUUCCAGGAGAGCCUUUUACAGUGUUUCCUUACAAUUUAUUCAGAUACCGUGGGAUUGAUAUUAAGCAUGACAAAAGCUUUCACGACCCUAACGAAAGUUGCGGAAAAUGCAAUUUAUUCCCGUUUACGGCAAUGCCAGUGCUAUUAAAUUUAAAGACCUAUACAAAUGAAGAAUUAUUAAAAAUUCAAACCUUCCAUAUCAUUUUUAACUCAAUUUUAGGUAUGAGGUACAAAAAUCUGGCUGAAAAAAUCAGGAAAAAUGAAAAAAUUGGGAUUUUUGGGAAUAAAGAAAUUACUGAAAUCCCUACUUGUGUGAUACCAUUAUUGGGGGAUGAGAUUGAUUGGGAAACUAUUAAUAAUGCAAUUGACUUUGUAAAGCAGCCAAAUGAUGCGAAAUUUGACGCGGUUGGAAAAGUAAUAUACACGACGCAUCUGCAUGAGUUUUUUGUUGUUUAUGAAGAAAUUAAGGAUGGUUUGGACUAUGAAUUUGAGGAUCAGCAUAGGCAUAGAGUUUGGUCGGUUGAAGAAUACUAUCAUACAAAAUAUGGGCUAAACUUAGAAAGCUCAGUUGUUUAUAUAGCAAGAAAACUUGGGACAUUUAGGCAAUUUGAUCGUCCAAAGCUGAAUCCAGGGAAAGACCAUUCCCGAACUGCUUAUAUUCCCCACGAUUUAGCUCAGAUUUUUCCGAUCCCAGCUGAAUAUCUUCUGCUAUAGCCCAAGCUUUCUUUUGGCUCCACUGUCCCAACGUCAAUCAGGUAGUUGUAUUUCUAGCAUCUGUUUGUAAAACCUUAACCAAUUUGAUAUCGGGAUGCCCAAGAAGAUAGCUUGAGCCAAAGGCAGGCUUGGGCUAUAGGCAAAUUUACCCCUUCUAUUCUGAACAAGCUCAACAAGAUAUUCCUGAUGAUCAAUCUUAAGCAAGAAAUCGACAUCCCCUUACCUUCCACCAAAAUAAUCGAAGCAAUAACCUCCACAAGUGCCCUGGAGCUCUCUAACUACGAAAGACUAGAAAUUCUAGGUGACUGUGUCCUCAAAUACCUUACCUCAAUCUAUCUCUACCACAUAAAUCCAGGAGAUCCAGAAGGCCUCCUCACAAAAAAGCGUAUAGAAAUUAUUUCAAACCAUCGGUUAUUUAAGCUUGCCUUACAGCUUAAAAUAUACAGAUAUAUGCAAGUUAAGCCACUGAAUACAAAAAGAUGGCUUGCCCCAGGGAUGAAUGAGAUUUUUAAUGACGAUAUAGAAAUCCCAAGCUCAAGCGACGAAGAAAAUGAAAAGGAGGCUUGUGAUGAGCUUGGCUGGGACAAAACUUUAGAAGAAGAUGGAGAGCUCUACUUCAAGCCUUCUAACACUGUAGUAGAAAUCAGUCACAAGCAGCUAGCUGACUGCAUUGAAGCGCUUAUCGGGGCUGCUUAUUUAGAAGGCGGAUUUGAGCUAGCGACUCAGCUGUUAGCUAACUUUAAGCUGAUUGAUCAUCCUCCAGCUGUAAUUGACUAUGGGAAAAUCGAAGGGGAGUUUACAGACAUUGAAUUUAAAAUUGGCUAUGAGUUCAAAAAUAAGGAUUUAUUUGCAGAAGCAAUGACCCAUCCGUCUCUUAUGAAAGGCUGCGAUUACCAAAGACUAGAGUUUUUAGGCGACGCUGUUAUUGAUUUGGUGGUCCUAGAGCAUUUAAUGAUAAAAAACCCAGAGGCAACUCCAGGGCUUUUAAGCAAAAUGAAAACAGCUGGAGUCAAUAAUAGGUUUUUUGCCUUGCUGAAUUUUGAGCUUGGGCUAUAUAAGCAUCUAAAGCAUGAUAAUGCUGAUUUAGCAAAAGACAUUAAAGCACUUGUCCAAGCUAAAGAAAGGAUGGAAUUAGAAGGAGAAAUCGACAUGAAGAAAUUCCCUGAUCCUGGACUGAAAGUUUUAGCUGACCAAAUAGAGUCACUUGUAGGGGCAGUAUAUCUUGAUUCAGGGUCUUUUGAGGUGUGCAAAGAUAUUAUCUUCAAAAUUAUGAAAAAUCAUAUAGAGCACAUAUCGAAUCCAAAGGGAAUUGAGGAGCACCCACACUCGAGAUUGCUUAUGUGGGCCCAAAAGCAGAAGAUUGGGAGUGUAAGAAUACAGAGGUAUAAGGUGGAAAACUAUAGGAACCCAGAAUCCUCUGAGUUUGUGACUAGGGUGUUUUUAGAUGAAGAGUUUGUGAGUGAAGGAAGAGAUGUUUCCAAACUGAAGUCUUCAGAAAUAGCUGCAAGCAGUUUCUUUGAGAAAAUAAGGCAGAAAGGGAUUAUUCGAGAAGAAUAA